UACAUUUUCCACAUAUGAAAAAACCCUAUUUAUUAUUAUAACAGGUUCCCAGGCUAUACUGAAAUGCAAAAUCUCACACGUGUCUCAGAAUUUCAUCUCAAGGGCUUCUCAGAAGAUAGAGACCUGCAGCCCCUCCUCCUGGGGCUGUUCCUCUCCAUGUACCUGGUCUCCGUGCUUGGGAAUCUGCUCAUCAUCCUAGCUGUCACGUCAGACCCUAAUCUGCACACUCCCAUGUACUUUUUCCUGUAUAGCCUAUCCUUGGAUGACCUGGGUUUCAUCUCCACCACAGUUCCCAAGAUGAUUGUGGACAUCAAAACACAUAAUGCAAUCAUCUCCUAUGCUGGCUGCCUGACUCAGAUGUCUGUGUUUGUCCUCUUUGCUUGCAUGGAUAAUUUACUCCUGACUGUGAUGGCUUAUGACCGGUUUGUUGCCAUCUGUCACCCCCUGCAUUACCAGGUCAUCAUGAACCCCCGCCGCUGUGGCUUCUUAGUUUCAGUGUCUUUUGUGGCCAGUCUUUUGGAUGGCCUGGUACACAGUUUGAUGAUCUUACAAAUUAGCUGCUACAAGGGAGUGGAGAUUUCUAAUUUCUUCUGUGAUCCUUCUCAACUUCUCAGUCUUUCGUGUUUUGCCACAUUCAGCAGUGACAUAGGUAUUUAUCUUGUUGCCGUCAUAUAUGGCUUUGUCCCUAUAUCAGGGAUCCUCUUCUCUUACUCUAAAAUUGUCUCUUCAAUUCUGAGAGUCCCAUCACCAGGUGGAAGGUACAAAGCCUUCUCCACAUGUGGCUCUCACCUGACAGUCGUUUGUUUAUUUUAUGGAACAUCGCUUGGAGUAUAUUUUAGUUCAACUUUCUCACUUUCUACCACGAAGUGUGCCUUGGCUUCAAUGGUGUACACUGUGGUCACCCCCAUGCUCAACCCCUUUAUCUACAGCCUGAGGAACAGUGACAUCAAGAAGGCCAUGCAGAGUGUCUUCAGCAAAAUACUCAAAUCCCCAUCCUUUGCCAUGCAUUAA